GCUGAUUGGCUGCGGCGCUGUCCCACACAUCCGGUCCGGGUUUCCCGCCAGCUCCGAGAAAUCCGUGACUCCCGCGUUGCGCUGGCAGAGCUGCUGCAGUCUGGCCGGAGCCAUGUCCAAGCAGAGCACCCUCUUCAGCUUCUUCACCAAGUCCCCGCCGGCCCGGAGCAGCAAGCCGCAGAGCGGGGGCUCCCCCACCGAGGCCGAUGUGCCGCAGCCCGGGACGCACAAGUCCGGCUCCUCUCCGAAGGAGACCGCGGCGGUCCAGAGGCCUGGAGGAGGGAAGACUCCCCGGGCCUCCACGCCCAGUGUCGUGUGUGAUUUUUCUCCUGGCGACCUUGUUUGGGCCAAGAUGCCAGGUCACCCUUGGUGGCCCUCUUUAGUCUACAACCACCCCAGGGAAGGAACACAUCUCAGAGGAAAGGGGAAAUCCCUCCAUGUACAUGUGCAGUUUUUUGACGAGACUCCGACCAGAGGAUGGAUAGGUGCAAAAUAUAUGACCAGCUAUUCAGGAUCAGCAGCUACAGAAGCCCAAAAAGGAGGAAAGUUUUUUAGUACUAGACCAGACAUAACAAAAACUAUGAAAAUGGCUGACGAGGCGAUGAAAUUGGACAAUGAGAAGAGGCUGGCACUGGCGGUCUGUGCAGAGCCAUCGGAUUCAGAGGAGGAAAUGGAGGUAGAGGAGAGUUCUCUUGUAACUGAUGAUGAGAUUCCUGAGCAAAAGACAGGCCGGCCACAUCGUCAAAGCAGAAGCAAUGGGAAGCCCAAGAGACGUAGAAUUGUAAUGCAGUCCGACAGUGAUGAGAAUUUCUCAGAUGACGAGUUCAAACCUGAUGCUGCGAAGGAUUCUGCGAGCAGUGAUGAGGGAAGCAGUGGCGUAGAUGAAGACCAUGUGUCUGAGCCAGAGUCUAUAACUGAAGACAGCCCGGUCAAGGUCCCUGUCAAACGCAAGCGAGGAAGUACUUCAAAGCCACAAUCCUCAAAAAAUAUUAAUUGCGAUGUGGCAGAAACACCAAAGAGAACUGUGAAUGUGUCUACAGAGGCCAAGUUGAAGCUGUCCUCUUUUUCUGCCCCAGAAGCCUUUGAGUCACAGUCAAGUUCUGGAGGCACUGGGACUGGUAGUUCAACAUGGGAUCAUGAAAAGUUGGAGUGGCUUCAAGAUGGGAAAAGGAAAGAUGCUAAACGCAGGAGGCAAAGUGAUGAAGAUUAUGACCCAACCACCUUGUAUGUUCCAGAUGAUUUCCUUAAUAGAUGCACUCCAGGUAUGAGAAAAUGGUGGCAGCUGAAAUCCCAGAAUUUCGACACGGUUAUAUUCUAUAAGGUUGGGAAAUUCUAUGAACUUUAUCACAUGGAUGCCGUUAUUGGUGUCAGUGAGUUGGGCCUGACCUUCAUGAAGGGGGCUUGGGCUCACUCUGGCUUCCCGGAGAUUGCCUUUGGACGUUUCUCUGAUGUCCUUGUGCAGAAGAAUUACAAAGUCACAAGGGUUGAGCAGACUGAAACUCCAGAGAUGAUGGAAGCUCGUUGCAAGUCCAUGUCUCAUCCAAGCAAGUUUGACAAGGUUGUGAGACGAGAAAUAUGUAGGAUAAUCACAAAGGGAACGCAGACUUACAGUAUACUAGACGGGAACCCAUCAGAAAGCCACAACAAAUAUCUUUUGUGUUUCAAGGAAAAAAUGGAAGACUCCGCUGGUCAGCAGAGAGCAUAUGGUGUCUGCUUUGUGGACACCUCGGUGGGAAAAUUUCAUGUUGGUCAGUUUCACGAUGACCGCCACUGUUCAAGGUUCAGGACCUUGGUCGCUCACUUCCCUCCAGUUCAGAUCUUGUUUGAAAAGGGUAACCCCUCUACGGAUACAAAGAAAGUUCUCAAAAGCUGCUUGUCGACCUCAAUUCAAGAGGGCUUACAGCCAUCUUCUCAGUUUUGGGAAGCCUCUAAAACACUAAAGAUUUUGGCCGAAGAUGGUUAUUUUGUGAAAGAUGGCAAAGGUGACCAGGGUAACGGCAGUUUACCCACGGUUAUAAAUGGUAUGACUUCCGGUAGUGACUCCUUAGCACUUACGCCCAGUGAAAAGAGUGAGCUGGCUCUUUCUGCUCUUGGGGCCUGUAUCUUUUAUCUUAAGAAGUGUCUUAUUGAUCAAGAGCUUCUCUCUAUGGCAAACUUUGUAGAGUAUGUUCCUGUUGACGUUGACAUUGAACAAGCCCAAAGCUCUACCAGUUUCUUUGCUAAAACAAACCAGCGCAUGGUUCUUGAUGGGGUUACCUUAACAAACCUAGAAAUCCUGCAGAAUGGGACAAACGGUUCUACAGAGGGUACACUACUGCAAAAAUUAGACACAUGCUUCACCCCUUUUGGGAAGCGCCUUUUAAAACAGUGGCUGUGUGCUCCUCUUUGCAACCCUUACUCAAUAAAUGACCGACUUAAUGCCAUGGAAGAUCUCAUGGCCAUCCCAGAGAAAGUGUCCGAAAUCGGUGAGCUCUUAAAGAAACUUCCUGACCUUGAAAGACUUCUGAGCAAAAUACACAGUAUUGGCUCUCCACUUAAAAGCCAGAACCACCCGGACAGCAGAGCUGUAAUGUAUGAGGAGACCACUUACAGCAAGAAAAAGAUAGCCGAUUUCCUUUCUGCUCUGGAAGGUUUCAAGGUGAUGUGUGAGGUCCUGGCGAUUGCGGAAGAUGUGGUUGAUCACUUUAAGUCUAGUAUUCUUAAACAGGUCAUUGCUCUCAAAGACAAAAAUCCUAAAGGGCAUUUCCCAGACUUGUCGGCUGAACUGAAGCGGUGGGAUACCUCCUUUGACCAUGAGAGAGCUCGAAAGACUGGUGUGAUCACUCCUAAGGCAGGCUUCGAUCCGGACUAUGACGAAGCAUUAAGAGAUAUUAAGAGUGCCGAACAGUGUCUGACUGAUUACCUGGAAAAGCAGCGUAAAAGACUUGGGUGUAAAAGUAUUGUUUAUUGGGGGACUGCAAAGAACCGCUACCAGAUGGAAAUUCCGGAGAGUGUUACAGAGCGCAACUUGCCGGAAGAGUACGAGUUAAAAUCCACUAAGAAAGGAUAUAAACGUUAUUGGACAAAGGCCAUCGAAAAUAUGUUUGGUGACCUUGUAAAUGCAGAAGAGCGCAGAGAUGCAGCACUUAAAGACUGCAUGAGGAGAUUGUUUUAUAACUUUGAUAAAAACUAUAAAGAGUGGCAAACGGCAGUGGAAUGCUUUUCUGUACUAGACUGCCUUAUAUGCUUGGCUCAGUACAGCCGGGGAGGGGAUGGACCUGUUUGCAGACCCGAUAUUUUGUUGCCUGGGGGCACUCUACCAUUUUUGGAGCUCAGAGGAUCACGUCACCCUUGCAUAACAAAAACUUUUUUUGGAGAUGACUUUAUCCCAAAUGAUGUUGUAAUAGGUUGCAAGGAGGACGAAGACGACGAAGAUGACAACGGGUCCCACUGCGUGCUUGUCACUGGCCCAAAUAUGGGUGGCAAGUCAACUCUGCUGAGACAGGCUGGCCUGCUGGUGAUUAUGGCACAGCUGGGAUGUUACGUGCCUGCGGAAACUUGCAGACUAACUCCUGCGGACAGAGUAUUUACAAGACUGGGGGCAUCAGACCGAAUCAUGGCAGGAGAAAGCACUUUCUUCGUGGAGUUGAGUGAAACCUCCAGUAUACUUCAGCAUGCAACCGAACAUUCCCUCGUACUGCUCGAUGAACUUGGCAGGGGCACUGCUACGUUUGAUGGUACAGCCAUAGCAAGUGCCGUUGUCAAGGAACUCUCUGAAAGGAUUAGAUGCCGGACAUUGUUUUCUACCCAUUACCACUCACUAGUGGAGGAUUGCUCCCAUACAGCAGCAGUACGCCUGGGCCAUAUGGCUUGCAUGGUGGAAAAUGAAUGUGAGGAUCCCAGCCAGGAGACCAUCACGUUCCUUUACAAGUUUAUUAAGGGGGCAUGUCCUAAGAGCUAUGGCUUCAAUGCAGCAAGACUGGCCAACCUCCCGGAUGAUAUCAUUCAGAGUGGCCAUAAAAAAGCCAGGGAAUUUGAAAGGAUCACUCUCUCGGUGAAGAUCUUCAGGGAGCUCUAUGUGUUGCUGCAAGAACAGACAUGGGAUAGCCAAGCUCUCGACAAACUCCAGAGGAUGAUUUAAUAAAUUAAGUACGACUGUGGUUUUGGCGUUUAUUCACAAGGCUGGUUUUCACACAUUAUGAUCUAAUAAACUUUAUUUUUUAAAAAUGA